AUGCACCUCUCGAAGGAGGCCCACAUGGCAAUCGGAAUUUUCCUCAUUGUUUCUGGCAUCAUCGGAAUCAUAGCCAAUUCUGCGGUGAUCGCAUCUUUCAUCAUGAUGAAGUCCAGGCUCUCGCCUGUGUCGAUUGUUCUGCUCAACCUAACGCUAUCAGAUCUCGGAAUAAUUCUCAUGGGUUUCCCAUUCAACGCCUUGUCCCACUUGUCCGGAGGAUGGUUGUUCGGUUGGAUAGGCUGCCAAAUCUAUGGAUACUGUUGUUUCUUGUUCGGAACGGCCCAUAUCGGAGGCUUGUCGCUUUUGGCAUACGAACAAUAUCGGAGCAUAACAAGAAUGAGACCUGAUGCCGCACCUUCACAGAGUUAUCUGGAUCGACUGCAGCGAAAUUAUAUCUUCUACGGUCUGGCGAUCUGGGUGUUCGCUCUCAUUUGGGCAACUCCCCCGCUCUUAGGAUGGAGCCGGUAUUAUUACGAACCUUUCGGUACCGCGUGUACAAUUGACUGGCGGGAUGAAACGUUUGAAUUUAAAUUCUACAUCGUGGCCUACUUCAUCGGAGGUUAUGUCCUGCCGUUCAGCCUGAUGCUGCACUCGUUCCGAAGGAUCAUUGCCAUAAAAAAGGCAUAUAAGCAGAAUAGCGUCCGACUCAAUCAGCGCGGUAUAAUCGAGACGUUGAAGAGGCAGAGAGAAGAGGAUCUCACGCUGACCUGUAUUCUGACCGUGGUCAGUUUCCUCUUGACCUGGACCCCUUACGCCAUCCUGUGUCUUUGGAGUGUGUUCCUGGGUCCGCACGGCGUACCGUCGAUUCUCGCCCUGGGUCCGAACAUCUGCGCCAAAGCUUCGGGUGCCUUGAACCCCAUUAUUUACACUCUAAGCAAUCGGAGAAUGCGAGCGAGAAUUGCGAAUAGCUUACGGAAGCUGUCCGGACGCAAGAGACGCAAUUACGGGAGCAAUUCAACCAGCGACGAAGUUCCUAUUCCUCUCCGCGAUCAGAUUACAUGCCCAAGGAACGUCGUCACAGGACCUGAUACAGCUGUGACAGCAUAGUGGGGAGCCCCGGACGGAAGGGCUCGUCUCCGGUCGGGAUUCAAUGUGACAAUCAAAGUUUAUUUUUGUGUCGGACAGAGAUUUGCUCCUCGGUCAGUCGCCGCCCGGCGAAGCAUCUCGAUGGAGCC